ACCUCGCGCUUGGCGACGAACAUGCCUCGUAGAACACGCUCUCGCAGCAGAGAAAGAAGAAGGCGACCCAGCCCUCCCCGUCGCCGCCGCUCUCGAACUCGCAGCAGAGACCGACGAGAUCGAGAUCGUUACAAUAAAGACCGGCGUGAUCGUGAACGUGAACGUGAACGUGAGCGCACGGACCACCGGCCACGCGGUCGAACUCCUCCCCGACCACGUGACCGUCGUCGUCGCAGCAGCUCUAGUAGUUCCUCUAGUUCAUCGAGCUCGUCGAGCUCGUCAUCUGGUAGCCGGUCACACAGCAGCAGUAGCAGUGGAUCAAACAGUAGCUCAUCUCGCUCACCUUCUCCUAAAACGAAAGAAGCUGGGAAGGAAGCGGCCGCAGUUGCUGAGAAAAAGAGCCAUGAGAGAAAGACUGGCGAGAAAAAAAGUGAUGAAACCACAACUGCAACUGAUGAGAAAAAGAGUGAGGUGAAGAAGGCUGAUGUUGUCUUGAAAGAAGAGAGUGUUGUUGAGACAAAGGCUCUGAGCCCUGGUGCUGAAACAGAAAAACCUGUAAAAAUGGAGAUUGAGGAACCAACUCCGACCAAGCCAGCAUCUCCGAAGAGUCCGGGUGAUAAGAAGCCUUCACAAUCUCCUGCUAAGGCUGCUGUUUCUCCAGGUCGUCGACGAUCUGUGUCUCGUUCUGCUUCUCGCUCUCCUACCAGACGCAGAGACAGACGACGAUCACCAACACCCCCGCCCAAACCAAGUAAAGUUCACGUUGGUUGCCUGACAAGAAAUGUUAAUAAAGAUCACGUUGUGGAGAUAUUUAGUGUUUAUGGAAAGCUUCAGAAUGUCGAUGUGCCACUAGAUCGAGUCACCCAACUCAACAGAGGAUUUGCUUACGUUCAGUAUGAGAAAGCCGAUGAUGCAGAGUCAGCAAUCAAAUACUUGGAUGGUGCUCAAGUUGAUGGCAAAGAAAUAACUGUACAGAUGGUGCUUGUCCCACAACCUCCAAAAUCAAGACGGCGGACACCACCAAGACGAAGUCCUGGCAAAGGUGGAAGAAGGUCACCGCCUCGUUCUCCUGCUCGAUAUAGAGGCUCAUACAGAAGUUUGAAACGGUCAAGGUCGCGGUCACCAAGAAAAGUUAGGUCUCCUAGACGGUCUCCCAGAAGAUCACCUCCACGUAGAUCACCUAGAAGAUCACCAAGGCGGUCGCCAAGAAGAGAUCGUUCACCAUAUCGUCGUCCUAGAUCAAAGAGUCCUCCCAGAAGGAGGAAAUACAGUCGUUCAAGUUCAAGUGACUCAAAGUCAUCAGACUGCGCCUGGAUACUCGAGGCAAAGUGCCCACGUGGUUUAGUAUACGGGUAUUUUAGGUCGAAGAUGGCAGACCCAAUGGACAUGUCGCUCGAAGAUAUCAUCAAAUCCGGACGCCGCGGUCGCGGUAGAGGCCGUGGCGCAGGUCGUGCGAGAGGUAGCGACAGUGGUCCCUACCGUCGACGUGGUCGUGGCAGAGGAUUCCGCUCCGCGCCGUAUCAACGGCCGUUUCAAGAGCCCGACCAUUGGGAGCACGACCUGUUCGAUCCGGGACAACAGGGCGGACCGCGUGGUCGCUCCGUUGGGGGCCUCAGCACCGGCACGAAGAUCGUCAUUUCUAACCUCGAUUUCAACGUAUCGGAUUCCGAUAUUAAGGAGUUGUUCCGAGAUUUCGGCGUGAUCAAGAAGACGGCCGUGCACUACGAUCGCUCCGGCAGAUCGUUGGGCACGGCACACGUCGUGUACGCGCAGCGCAGCAGCGCUGUUCAAGCGGUGAAGAAAUACAACGGGGUACCACUGGAUGGCAGACCGAUGCAGAUUAUUAUAGAGCAAGAGGGCGGCCAGAGCAGCAGUCGACCUUCGUAUUCCGGAUGGGGCGGGUAUUCUGGCGGUAGAAUGAGACGAGGACGUGGCUUUGGCUCUGGCCCUCGACGUGGACGCGGACGAGGACGAGGCAGGGGUAGAGGUGGCAAGCCUGAUGUCUCUGCCGAAGACUUAGAUGCUCAAUUGGAUGCUUACAGAGAUCAGAUGGAUACGAGUUGA